CCCAUUCUUUGUCUCCUCCCCGUAGAGCAUUAAACCCACUGGCGCCUCCCUCCAACACACACUCCAAUUCCAAACUUGAGAGAGAACAGAGAAGUGAGUCGACUUAUCAGUCAGUUAGUCUAUUCACUAUGGAUGUUACAGUUUCAAACCACAAACAAAUGGAUUAUAACUAUGAUGAUAUGGAAUCGAAGCACGGGAAAAUGGUACCUUGCCAAGAAGACCGUUUUGAUAGCGGUCUGGAUUCUCUAAAAGAGGAUGAAUAUGGUAACCUUGUGAAGGAGCUGGAGGAAUUGAGCGUGGCCAAUGUCGAAGUCUUGGCAAACGCCUGCAGUAAUGAACCCUGGAGGAAAACAGUGACCGAGGACGGCGACACGUUUCUCCACCUGGCCAUUAUUCAUGAAGCCACAGAACAAGCCGAGCAUAUGAUCAAACUGUCACACAAUGAUAAUAUAUUACUGGACGCACAAAACAAUCAGAGACAGACUGCGCUCCACCUGGCAGUAAUCACAGAACAGCCCCAUCUUGUAGAGAGGCUACUGAAGGCUGGGUGUGACCCGCGGUUAGUAGACGACAGUGGGAACACCGCCCUCCACAUCGCCUGUAAGAAGGGCUCUCUCACCUCCUUCAGUGUGAUCACCCAAAACUGCCUCCGCCACCUCAGUUACAUCCUCACCUUCCCCAACUACAGCGGACACAACUGCCUCCACCUUGCCUCCAUUAAUGGAUACCUCUCCAUGGUGGAGAGUCUGGUUCAGCUUGGUGCCGACAUCAAUGCACAGGAACAAUGUAGCGGUCGUACAGCGCUCCACCUGGCUGUAGACCUCCAGAACCUGUCCCUGGUCCACCGGCUUCUCUCCCUGGGGGCAGACGUCAACAGUGUGACAUACGGGGGCUACACGCCGUACCACCUGACCUACGGGCGUCAGAACACUGAGAUCUGCCACCAGCUGUAUGAGAAGACAGACCAGGAGCUCAGAGAGCUGCCUGAGAGUGAAUCAGAAGAGAGCGAGGAGGAAUGCAUGUCUGAUGAUGAACAGAUGUACGAUGACAUUACAUUCGGACAGAAUUGAAGUGGUCACAUCACAUGGUGACGUGAAGUAAAGUCGAUGAAGCUGCUACGGGCCAGUCCAGUCAAAGCACAGUGGGAACUCCAGGUCCCAGAAGCCUUCGGGAGAGCCGCCUAGAGCCGGCAGACAGAAAAGGCGACAGAGAGACAAGACUGAAGAUGCCGUUCGGUCGGGAUGGAAGUCUGGUGUUCUGUGAAGAUCAAAUGCACCGGAACACAUAAUAUUUCCCCUGACCUCAGAGAAUUAUCCUAUUUUCAUGUAUAUAUCAGUAAUAUAUUGUAAAUACACAGAGAUAUUUUUAUACUUGUGAAUGUUUUUAUUAAAUGUGAGUGAAACACUUGAAAAUAAUGAAUAAAAUAUGCAUCUAUAAAUGGA